AUGUACUUUGAUGGCGCUGUACAUUGUGAGGGAGCUGGUGCUGGAGUAGUGUUUAUCACUCCCAAUGGGGAAGUUUUGCCAUAUUCCUUCACUUUAACACAAUGUUGCUCUAAUAAUGUCACUGAAUAUCAAGCACUCAUACUUGGACUCGAAAUGGUAUUACACCCGACUGUUGCUUCAUGGCCUUUUGAAGCAUGGGGUUUGGAUGUUGCCAGACCAUUAAUGAAGUCUUCUGAUGGACAUUUGUACAUCCUAGCUGCAACUGAUUAUUUUUCAAAAUGGGUUGAAGCCGUUUCUCUGAAAAAAGUAAAGAAAGAGAAUGUGGCAAACUUCAUUCGAGUCAAUAUUAUCUAUCACUUUGGCAUUCCUAGAUAUCUACUGACGGAUAAUGGUAAGCCACUUGAUAAUAAGUUGAUGACCAAGAUAUAUGAUUUUUUUGGCUUCAAGCAACGCAACUCCUCUAUGUAUUAUGCUGCUGCUAAUGGCCUUGCUGAAGCAUUCAACAAGACACUCUGCAACUUAUUAAAGAAGGUCGUUUCAAAAUCUAAAAGAGAUUGA